AUGAAAAAACUUCAAUCCAAAUGUGCAAUUUGUCUAGGAGUUGGAGAUGGAUUUCAUUUUGGAGCCGAGGCGUGCAAAGCCUGCGCCGCAUUCUUCCGUCGGAGUAUAUCACAAAAGAAGACGUAUGCAUGCAAGGAGGCGAAUAGUUGUGAUCUCGUUAAUAACGCCCGCUACAUGUGCCAAUCUUGCCGUCUCUCCAAAUGUCUAGAAGUAGGAAUGAACCCAAUGGGUGUCCAAGCUAAACUGACACCCAAAAGUUAUUCUGAACUUUCCCAAGCCUCCCUACUAACCCUCACUCUCCCAACAUCCUUCAAUGACCAUAUGCCACUCCUGUCCAAAAUGAGAUCGAACUAUCAAAAACUAUGCGAUGCCCGAAAUGUGAUUCAUCGGAAGGAAUGUGAGAAUCUGUUCAGGUUGAAAAGGUUCCGAGAGCGUUGA